AAAAAAAAAAAAAAAAACUACACUUCCUCACACACUGCACGGCUCUUCUGCUGAGUGCUGCCACAUGAAAACCCAACAGUGCCCGGCCCACUUGCGACAUACUUUUCUCCUACAGAUUUUCUGAACCCUAAUCACUCCAAAACCGGAUAUGCUUCUUCUGCGGGGAGAAAAAGCAACGCGUCCGAGCAGAAUGCGGUGAGAGAGCCGCGGCGGCGGAGGCGCAGGAUUUACGGACUGAAGCGGAGGAACUGCUUCUGCUUUUUGUUUUUCAGGAAGCCAUACGGUUACCAUGAGCGGAAGGAAAGUUGAUGAAGACGAGAGAACAGAUGGUUGAGCUUUCAGUCCCCGCAUGUACUGAGCAGCUCCUUACAGCCACUUCCUAUCAGACUGGCUCCUGCUGAAGUGGAGGUGCCGCUUCUUCGGAGAUGCCGCGCCCCCAGGGCAUACUGCUCUGCCUGGGCAUGAUGCUGAUGACUGCUGGGGGGAUCAUUGCCCUGUGCGUGGGCAUGCCCUACCAGUCUGCCGCACUAUUUGUCGGACUGUUCCUGGGCCUGGGGGGCGUGGCCAUGCUGGUCAGUGGACUCUGCAUGGCAAUGAAGAAUCUCCAGGUGGCAGUGCCUGGACACCACCUCCUGCACCCACGCACAGGCACGCGCUUCAGCCCACAGCAGGCCCUGGCUAUACAAAGGAGGUUGGAUCGGAUUCGUCGAGAGAUGUCAGAGGACUCUGUCACCAGGGUGCCGGAGCCUGAACCCUCCCUCCCACCGACGCCUCCGCCCUGGACUAUGGAGCCGCCUCCAUCCUAUGACACGGUGAUGAAGAACCAGGAGCGCAGCGAGGCGGACAUCUAUGCUUUGUGUUAGUGCUUUUAUAUCUUCGGUUCUCAGCGGGGACUUUGAAUGAGCAGUGUUAUGAGGUGCAACGGAUGAACUCGCUGCAAGGGGCCUCUUCUGCACCUUGGGACAGCCACCCUGAACCCAAACACAUGGCAAGAAGCCGGAAGAGACUGCAGCUGGUUAAAUACUUAAUAUGUGUACAAACUGUGCCCCAGUGUCUACUAACCAUGUAUUGUGACUGAUUGGGAAAGGAAUUGAAAUGAUCACUCCCACUGCUCCGCUCUCUGAAUGAAGGGCCUUUCUUCAGACCAGCAUUAUGUGACUUUCACAACAAAGUUAAGGGUUUCAUGUCAAAAAUUAGGAUAUUUUGUUGGUCUGCUUGAAUGUUAUGUGACCUACUACCCUGUCUGCACAGCACUCUUCAUCAUAAGAACUUUUCUCUGAGCUCAGCUUUGUAUCUGCACUCUCUCCUGUCAUAGCUUUGCUCAAGGAUCAUUGACAGCUUAUUACAAUGCCAAGUGCCUUAACCAGUGGUGACAGAAUGUCAACAGUACAGCUUUGUAUGCUGUGCUUGCAGAAUGUCCAGUAUUAAUUCUAUGUUGUGAUGUUACUAUAAACCUGAGUUAAUGAA